AUGGCGGUCGCGAAGGAUGCACCGAACGAUGAAAAUCUCCCUAUCGUAAUAUCUGGCGGUGGCUGCGUCGGCCUCUUCCUUGCGCUCCUCCUCGCGCAUACUAGCAUUCCAAAUCGCAUCCUCGUAAUCGAACCACAACACCCCGAUCCUACAUCAACCCGCGCAAUGGCCCAUCAACCACCAACAUAUCCCAUACUCUCCCAGGUUCCAGGCCUCCUGCCCGAGCUCAUCCAAGCAGGUAGUCUCAGCUCGGGACUGUGCUUCCGCACGAGCGUUCAGAACGGGAGCCGGGUGAUCGCAAGCAAGACCUUCGACAAUGCAGGCGAGGGUAUGAAAGGAAAAGGCCAGCUACUCCUCCCGCAGGGCAAGUUCCAGAAGGUGCUCAUGGGACGGCUAGCGAAAAUGGGUUCAAAGACGGAAGUAAGAUUGGGUUGGAGCGUGGCCUCUUUCGAUCAACCCUCCUCCGCCUCUUCGUCUGUAUCAGUCCAGCUCUCCUCUCCAAGCGGUCAGACCGAGCACAUGGACGCUGCAUACCUCAUUGGCGCUGACGGCGCGCACUCGCUGGUAAGGAAACACAUGGGCGUCGCUCUGGAAGGCGAGACGCUGGACGCGCAACUCGUGGCCACAGACUUGCGGUUCCCAUUCAAAUCGCAUGGGUUCUUCGACGCGAAUUUCAUCAUCGAUCCCACUAGCUACGGACUCAUUGGGCGCAUUGACAACGACUGCUUAUGGCGCGUUUCUUACGGCGUGGCGGGUGGCCUGAGCGAAGACGAGAUCAACGCCGGCGUGCGCGACAAGCUGCGGGUCAUGCUUCCGAACGCUGGGAAGGAUGAGGAGGGUCGUGAUGUCUUUGAGGUUGUGAAAGUCGCGCCGUAUCGAGCGCAGCAGCGCUGUGCGGCGACGUUGGCUCAGGGGAAGGUUCUGCUGGUUGGUGACGCUGCACAUUUGACAAACCCCUAUGCUGGCCUUGGUCUUGCAUCUGGCAUCGCAGACGCGGACGCCCUCGCGCCGGUCUUGGAACACAUUCUCUCUGGGAAAGCCGGGAAUUCGGAGCGAUUACUGGCUUCCUGGUCGGAGGCACGAAGACAGAGUUUCUUCGACGUCGUGGACAAGCCGAGUCGCAUGGCGUACAGGCGGGUGAGGAGUAAUGUGGAGACAGACGCAGAUGUGCAGAGUUUGCUUGAGAGGGAUCCGAUGGUUGGCGCGUUGAAGAGGGGUAUGCCUGUUAUGCCCCCGAGCUUGAGGACAGUGGGAGAGGAGUUGGAGGGGUGGUGA